UUAAUAAAAAAAAAAGAGAACGAAAAAUGGGGACUCAGAGUUUGUUUGGAGCUACAAGAACAGUAGUAGCAAUAAGGGAUUGGAAUUGUUACGAAUCUAUCAGGAAAAAAUCCAUCAUCACUACCACGUUCUCUGCUUUCUCAUCAUCAUCAUCAUCAACAAAAAGAUCCUCUUCCUUGUGUUGUCAUCGUUGCUCUCCAUUAACGACAAUUGCUUCUUCUUCUUAUUCUUCAAUGUCUUACGAUAAAGAGCUCGCUGCUGCUAAGAAAGCUGCCACUCUCGCUGCUCGUCUCUGUCAGAAAGUGCAAAAGGCUCUUCUUCAAUCUGAUGUUCACUCUAAAUCAGACAAAAGUCCUGUCACUGUUGCUGAUUAUGGUUCACAGGCCUUGGUCAGCUUGAUGCUUCAGAGAGAGCUUCCUUCUGAACAAUUUUCAUUAGUAGCUGAGGAGGAUUCAGGGGAUCUUCGUAAGGAAAGUGGCCAGGAUACACUGAAGCGCAUUACAGAACUUGUCAAUGAUACUCUGGCUAAUGAACAAUCACACAGCUUUUCUACUUUAACAACUGAUGAUGUGCUUAAGGCCAUUGAUAAUGGUAAGUCCGAAGGUGGUUCCGUUGGUCGGCACUGGGUUUUGGAUCCAAUAGAUGGUACUAAAGGGUUUGUAAGAGGAGACCAAUAUGCCAUAGCAUUAGCUCUGCUACAUGAAGGGAAAGUUGUAUUGGGUGUCUUGGCUUGUCCAAAUCUUCCACUGGCGACCAUUGGCAGUAAUCAGCAGCAUUCUUCUUCUAAUGAAAUCGGGUGUCUUUUCUUUGCUAAAGUUGGCGACGGAACAUAUAUGCAGACAUUGGAUGGUUCUACACAAACUAAGGUGAAUGUCAGUGCUGUUGAUAAUCCAGAAGAAGCGUCAUUUUUUGAAUCUUAUGAAGCAGCACACUCCUCACAUGACUUGUCUAGCACUAUUGCAGAAAAACUUGGCGUCAAAGCACCGCCAGUCAGAAUUGACAGCCAAGCAAAAUACGGAGCUUUGUCCAGAGGAGACGGGGCUAUAUAUUUGCGUUUCCCCAACAAAGGUUACCGUGAAAAAAUAUGGGAUCAUGCUGCUGGCGCUAUUGUUGUGACCGAAGCUGGAGGUAUUGUCUCAGAUGCUGCAGGGAACCCUUUGGACUUCUCAAAAGGAAAGUUUCUUGAUGUUGAUACUGGUAUUAUUGUUACAAAUCAGAACCUGAUGCCUUCGCUUUUAAAAGCAGUUAAAGAAUCACUCAAUGAGAAAGGAUCAUCCCUGUGAUAUCUGUUAAGCAUACGAUUCUACUUCUGAGCUUUCUCAUUUUGUUGUCAAUUCGAGUUAUAUGAACCUUCUUCUCAAUUGUGCUAUAUUUCCUACGCGGUCUGAUGAUGUUAAGGACUUUAUUGGACUUCCUCUGAUACUUUAUUUAAAUCAUGUUUCUGUUUUGGUUUAUGUUUGUACCGUCUUCAACAUUCUUUGUAAUUUAAGUUUGAAAUUUCAGAAGCCAAUAGAGCCUUAACAAACCAAAAACCUAAUCCUAACAACAAAACUACUUUCACAUGUGAUCAAAAGUUAACAAUAAUGCAAGAUCUACUGUCUUUAAUCACUUCUACA